UUCAAGUCGUUUUUAAUGCGAAAUAAUCAAAAUACAGCUCUGAAAGUAUCUAAGGAUAUAGAGGAUACAACAUUGAUGGCAUCUACUGUAAACCAGAAUGGUGUUCGCGAUGAAGACUCACUUCGCUUCUUCCAUGUUCUGGCAAGUAGAGAUCCUAAUGCUCGAAAGCAUGGUUUUGACAUGAUCAAACUGACAUUAGAUGCCUGGGUAAAUGGCUAUGGAAGUCCAAAAGACAGAAUCUUAGUGGACAAUGGAAACCCCCUUCCCAUUAAUCCAUUAGUAGAGGAGCACCUGCCGGAUAUUCUCCGACUGUCCACCAACUGUCCGUUUGAAGAUGUAAGGGAGUGGUGUACAAAUCUCCUCGCCGAUAUACAGGAGAACUGCAGUGGAAUAAAGAUCCCCAGAAGAAUAUAUGGCAAAGGGCCCAGCAGCUUCAUCCCAGAGUCAGAGAUUGUACCAGUGGCAACAUCGGAAGACCAGACUCAGAUGUUAUUUGUGGACGCUUUCCUCCAGAACAAUCGCCUGGAUCAUGUCACUCAGCUGAUGGGGUACCACCCUAAUUAUCUGGAGAUGUUCCUGAGGACACAGCAGUACCUCCUAAGGGGGGAUGGGCCCCUUCCUUUCCAUUACAGACAUUACAUUGCUAUCAUGGCAGCUACCAGGCACCAAUGUGCUUACCUUAUCCAUCUACACGAACAGGAAUUUAUCCUACAGGGAGGGGAUCAGGAGUGGCUUAAAGGCCCCGCCCACAUCCCUGCCAAACUACAAAAGCUGCAUGAAGUAAACAAAAUCCUGGCACAUAGACCAUGGCUUUUCAACAAAACACACAUUGAGAGCUUACGAAAGGAAGCCUGGUCUAUAGCUGAACUUGUACAAGCUGUCGUAAUUAUGGCACAUUUCCAUGCUCUGUCAUCAUUUGUGUUUGGCUGCGGAAUCAAGAACGAGCCAGACCACCAUGGAGGGUUCACAUACAGACCCCACUCCCCCACGGAAAACGCCAAUGACUCCGACUACACAAGUGACAGUUCUUCAGAUAGUAACUCCGAGCCAGAAGUUUGUAUAGAGAUUCUGAUGGAAAGGAUGAAGAAAUUAAAGGAGAGUAAUGAAGAAGAACCAACAGAGGAGGAGAGAUUAAAGAGAUUCGAAAAAGUGGAAACUCAGAGUGCAGAAUUGGCAAAGCCUGGAAAGAAGCCCUCGCCAAAAGCUGAAAUAAUGAAAUAUGUUCAGGAUGAAGAAUUUUGUUAUAUAGACUUUACUAAACGUGCAUGUACAGAAGAGGCACCCACGUUUAGAGCUAAUGAAUACUCGUGGGAUGACCAUGGAUUUUCAAUAGCCAAUAGACUUUAUUCUGAAAUUGGCAAUCUGUUGGACGAAAAGUUUAGCAUGGCUUAUAACCUAACCUAUUAUACGAUGGGUGAGGUCAUUGAUGUCGAUACUUCAGCAUUUCGUCGUGCCAUAUGGUACUACAUUCAUUGCUUGUACGGAAUAAUGCAUGACGAUUAUGAUUACGGCCAAGUAAACCAACUUCUGGAACGAAACUUAAAAGCAUACAUCAAAACUGUCACCUGCUACCCAGAAAGGCUGGCCAAAAAAGAUUAUGACAACGUGAUGAAGGAGUUCAAACACUCAGAAAAGGUGCAUGUGAAUCUAAUGCUGCUAGAAGCUCGACUUCAAGGAGAACUGUUGUACGCCCUGCGAGGGGUAAUGCAGUAUAUGACGUAGCACAGUUAAAGAUUUAGUGACAAGUCUUCCAUGACAAUAAAUUGGAGUCUGUGUGACAAUAAAUUGGCGUCUAAACCCACUCUCCUCUUAGGAUCUCGUAAAAUCCUCCACAGUGGUGCACGGAACAGUGGGGCGGUGCAAAAAGAAGCAGAACAAAUUUUUUACCCAUUGUGAACUCUGACUGUGAUAUUUGUUUUCCUGUGUUUAGUAGACUGAGAGAAGGAAAGAAAGAGACAUGAGAUUAUAAACCAAGGCACUACUCGGAGUCUUGAUGCAGUAGAAAAUGAAACGGACAGAUGAUCCUAGGAUCUGCCGUAUCCCAAAAUGAGUCCCCCGUUUUAUGGGGCAGUGUCCAAGUCUUUCAUUCAUAGAACAUGUUGUGGUACUGAACCUGUAGCGUAUAUAGGCCUUUGAUUCUCCACACUCAUGUUUAGUAAUAUGUUUUUUUUUUAUGUUCGUUAAAACCAAAGUCUCCUGUAGAUAGAUAAUUGUAUUUCUAGUGUUGCAUUCCACUGAGGUAAAGCGCUUAUGUGGGAAGAUGUUGGAAAAGUUUGGGUUUUUUUGACAUGAAAAUCUUUACAGUUCCAUUUGUAAAAUCCUUAGAGGCAAAACUGCUUUGCUAAUUGUAUAAAUUGCAUCAGGAGUCAAAAGUUUACAUAAAUGUAUUCCAAAUUUGAUAGAUUCAUUUUGACAAAAAACUAUGUAUUUUAACUGAUCUUUUUGAAGUACUUUUAUGAACAUGAUGAAGAACAGGAUUUAAUUAUAGACAACAUUGUACCUCAUAAGAGAGUCUGUUCUAGUCAAAAGUUCUAUGUACCUACACAACAAAUGGGCAUUCAGAAUGAACAAAAAGUAUUUUAAUUGAAAAUCACCACCAUCAUUCAUUAUCAUUGAUCAAAUCUUUCAUUUUACGAUUUAAUACUGAUUGAAUGAUACAAAAUGAUUUUGAAAUUGAUUUUCAACAUAUGCCAGUAACUUUUUUUUCCAUAUGCUGUAAAAAUGCUCAGUUUGUAACAGCUUUUAUUACAAUUGUUUACAUAUUUUUUUCAUGGAUAUAUUUCCACCAUUUUUUUUAAAAAAUUCCAUAAACUUAGUGCUGAAGAAAAUCUUAUCUUCCAAAACUUAACCAGAUUGUUAUGUAAAGUAUGAAAAUCCCAAAUAUGAAGUGCUCAAGCAAGAUAUUUUUGUUAAACAAGAAAUAAUAUUGUUCUAGCUGUCCUGUUUAUUAUGAAAACAUGAAUCUUCAUGAACAGUAGUUUGUUUCAUGAUGUUACCAGAAGCAUUGAUGUUAGUAGAUAGUAUUUACAUUGUGUGUCCAGAGGAACAAAGUCUUACCUAAGACAGUUGAACAAUCAAAGAGCUUCUUUUAAUUUUUUUUUUAGUAAAAAAAAAAAAAAAUGGGUUGGGAAAGCUAGGAUUAAUUGACGGGGAAGGGACAUGUUUAUUAUGUGUUGUGUUUUCGUUAGAUCUGAGACCUAAUUAAAUAUUUUUUUGUUGAUUUUUAAGACAGUUUAUGUUGAAUGAAAACUAAUUGGCAAUGUGCAAUUUUCAGAUAAGUAUGCUAGUUGAUGUAUAGACAUUUUGUUUCACACUUGAGCCACAAAUAUGAUGGGGCAACACUAUUCCCAUCACAAAAAGAAAUCCGGUGUUAUUAACAAGCUUUUCACCAUCUGUGUUUUGUUGAAAUAUUUUGCAGAAAGUGUGAAAAUAAGAUCUCGAAAGACAUUACACAUUCUUAUGUAGAGUACAAGAACAUGUAGAAAUUUUCAAGGUGGCUACCAAUGCUUGUUGUUUUCCAGUAAUCAAUGAUAGCCUCCCCUGAUCGGUUUAAUUCAGUAUUAUGACUGUAAAAAUGUCUUGUUCUCUAAUCCAGGAGAAUCCCAUAGCAGUUGUGUUUUAUAUUUAUUUAUGACUCAUUUCUUACAUUGUGAUAAAAAUGUUGCAAAAUAAAAUCAAUGAAACCAA